GUUCUUUAUAAGUUAAAUUGGAGAGCGAACAUUCUUCAAUCGAAAGAAAAUGGGUUGCAAAUGUCGAACUAUCAUUCUUGCUGUGUCGGGUGUGUUUGAAUUGACUGUUGGAGGUGUGAUUUUAUUUUUGGGAUUCUUUAGUGCAGCGUCUUUAUCCAGAUAUAUUAUGUUAGCAGUUGGCUGUUUGUUUUUCUGCUGUGGAUGUGCCGCACUAAAAGUUAUGGUGACAAUGGCCAGAGGCGAACCAGACAACAAAGUUUUAAAUUAUGGUGUAUGUAGCAUAGUGGCAUUCAUCCCCAUAUGUGGCUUGAACAUCGCGGAUGUUUUAAGUUAUAAAUCAGAUUGUACUGGACAUGGAAGAUUAGACAGAGGUAUGUGCAAAAUUGUAUUGGGUGUAAUGAUUGCCAUGAACUGCUCUGCUUUUGUGCUUCUGGUCUCAGGACUUUAUGGGUGCUAUUUAGCAUGGAAACAAAAACAUGAGGAGUCAGAAACAGUUCAUAUGAAUAUGACUUCACCUACAUGGCAAGAGCCUAAACAGAACAUGUAUGUUUGAAAAUGUUACAUCGAUGACUUGCUUGCUUACAAGGAGAAGGGAUCUGGGUUUUCACAGCUAAGUUCCCCAAAGCUAAGAUAGUGGAAGAAGUAAAUCUCAACUCAAAUUAACAGAGUUCUGUUUGAUGUACAUAUCAUUGCUCAUGGAAAUAGCAAACAUGCCACAUUUGAGGACAUUUUAACUUCAAAGGAUCUUAAACAAUACAUUUUCACAAAACUGUCAUAGCUAGGUCACACUAUACACUAUCUAUGUAUAGGUUCAUUGGACAGCAAACAAACAUGCAUAAUGUCCUUGUAUAACAGAAUUGUUUUGGAACUGAAAAUAUUUUUGUAUUUCUGUAUCUAUAUAAUUGGUUGUUCAGAAUGUAGACUUUGUUAUUGCUUGUUUAGAGAUUUGUAUUUUGAGAUCUAAUAAAUGCUUCUUUUUUGCAUAAGAGAAGUACAAGGUAAAAUGAGCUUGUAAAGGGUUUUUUUCUUACACAAGCCUUGAACUUAGAAAAUUAUACGAAAGCAGGAGCAGACUGGAAUGCCAUUUACUUGCCAGGAAAUAGAUCUUCAGGGCCCAAAAACUUUACAUUUUGUGCAUUUGGUUUAAUUUGCAAUUGGAGUGUUGCAGUAUAGUUAGACAUGAAUUGAAAUAAUACACCUGUUAAAGAUGUUAAUUACUUUAGUGAAAAGUUUAGCACUUAACAGCACUAGCACUACAUCAUAAUUUGUCAUAAUUUGGGGGGAUGGGAGAGUUUAGAUUGCGUUAGAAGUUACAAAAAGUAACAGGGUUCAGAAGUUUGUUAAAAGUCAUUGUUAAAAACAAAUUAAAAUGGUUGUUAAAAUAAAGUAACAUGGUAAAUUCAUAAACUUGUUAUCACAGACAACUUUUGACCUGAUCCCCCUGAAAAAUUUCCCGGGAUCCUGUUGGGCCAGUCUGCCAAUGUAUGCAAGUAAAUAAUCACAUGCUUUCAGUGUGUAGGCUUGUAACAAGGUGUAAUGAGUAGAUUUAGCCUUUUAGAUUUUUCUCAUACUAAAGAUAUUUCCAUGCACCUUCAAAUUUGUAUUUUCUUGAUAUAUUCUCCUCAAAAUUAUUUUGUAGUAUGAAUUAAAAACCAUUGACAUGAUUCUUUCUAAAAAGAGUCACAAGCAAUGAAAGACAAAAGACCCAAAACAAAAUAUUUUUAACACCACAUAGUGAAGCUGGGUGCGAAUGCAAACAUUUUAAAUUGCCAAUGUUUGCAUCAUUAUUGCUCUAAACAAUCUAUAGUGGAUUUAUUUGCAUGAAAAACUGAACUUACUUCAAUGAGUUUGCAAUUGAUUCAUGGUUAAAAGACAGGAUUACAUUGAGAUUUCAUAUAGUUUUGACCUGUAAACACAUUUACCCUUGUGUCCACAAAAAGAUCAUCCUCUAUGUCAUCCUCUGCUUUCUAAUUUUUGGAAAAAAUCCACUCAUGACAUCCUUAUUGAAGAAAUCUGUCCAUCACUUUUAUUUUUGUGGCAAACUGACAACAAAAGUGAACUGAAUAGUUGAAUGAAAACAUUGUUAAGACCUGCAUAUCUUUACAAUACUGUUAUGUUAUAAAUCUUUCUU